GGUUUGCGGUGCACGAGAGCAGCAUAGCAUGGACGCCAAGCCGACAACGACCCGCGAGCAACGGUCCAAGUCGCCGGACCGGAAGCGCCGCCACGGACGCAGCCGAAGCCGAUCGCGCGAGCGUAGCCGUCGUGACCGGGACCGUCGCCACCGCAGCCGCAGCCGCGACAGGUCGCCUCGCCGAGGCCACAAGCGUCCGAAACGGCGCAGCCGGUCGCGCUCGGCCGAGCCGAAGAAGGUCGCGACGAAGGAGCCGGCGUUGAAGUCGUCGCCAACGAUCGGGCCAGCGCCAAAGCCGGAGGUAAAGGAGUCGGCGGCCGUGCGCUCGAUCGCCGACAUCUUCAGCGUGUCGCACUCGCCGGUCGUGGUUGCAGCGAGUAAGCCUGUCUCCGUCACGAUCCCGAUAAAGCUGACUGAAUUGACUCGUGGCACGAAGGAGGUUAAGCGCACUGUCGACCCCGAGACGACCGAGAGUACUCCCAGUGUAAACGAGACUGACUCUUCCGUGACGUCGAACCUACCCUCUGCUGCCCUAGCUCCGUCGACCUCUGUCACGCCUUCGGGCAUUGCCAAGGUUGACGUGGGCUCCAUGAAAAUGGACAUUCUCAAAGCGCUUGCGGCUGCCAAGUCGUCGAUCGCGGGCUUCAAAAAGCCGCCCGCCCCCGUCGUCGCCCCGCCUGCGGUGCCCAUCACAUCGCCCGAGCCCAGCAUGGCCGAGCUGCCAAGCACACAAGAAGACCAAGGUAGUGUCGACAGCGCGACCAUCGUCAACGACAAGGUCGACGAAGCCGACGACAACGACGACGACGACGACGACUCGAAUGACGAGUGCUUCGACUUGGAUCUGCGAAAGACGGCCAAGGCGGGCAACGAGUCGGACGAGCGCGCGAUGAUGGAAGAGACUGUCGUCGAAGUACCCGCGGAAGAAGCCGCACCUGCCCCAUCGCCCCCAAAAGACGAAGCCCCUGCCGACGAGGACGACGACGAUUUCGACAUGUUCGCCGCUGACGACGAUGACUUUGCCGCACGCGUGCCGAACGCCCCGGCCCGCCCCGCGAUUCUCAAAGCCACGCGCGGCCACUGCGACGACAGCGAGGGCUACUACCGCCCGACAAUUGGCGAAGUUCUCAACGGCGAGUUCCGCGUCGUGGGCAAUGCUGGCAAAGGUGUCUUCUCGACCGUUCUCUUGUGCAAGCGCAUACACGGCGACGAGAAGACGGUCGCGAUCAAGCUCAUUCGCGCCAACGACACGAUGCGGGAGGCGGCGCAGACCGAGAUCCGGCUGCUCACCGAGCUGCAGGUCGGACACAAGGCCAAGUACAUUGUGAAGCUCCUCUCCACCUUUGAGCACCGCAACCACACGGCGAUGGUGUUUGAGCCGAUGCAGAUGAACGUGCGCGAGGCCAUGAAAAAGUUUGGUGGGCGCGACGGCCUCUCGCUGCGCGGCGUCAAAGUGUUUUGCAAGCAACUGCUGUUUGGACUCGACCACCUCUCGAAGCACCAAGUCGUCCACGCCGAUAUCAAGCCCGACAACAUGCUCUUGGACGAGAAGCAGUCGAUGGUCAAGCUCUGCGACUUUGGCUCGGCCUUUAAGUCGACCGGACCUGACGCGCACGACCCGACGCCGUACCUCGUGAGCCGCUUUUACCGCGCGCCCGAGAUCAUCCUCGGGCUUGCGUACGACGCGCCCGUUGACAUGUGGAGCAUUGGCUGCUGCAUUUACGAAAUGUACACGGGCCGCGUCAUGUUUCCUGGCCAAACCAACAACGAGAUGCUCAAGCUCUUCAUGGAGGUCAAGGGCCGGUUCCCUGCCAAGCUCCUGCGCCGCCACCGUGCCGUGUACGUCGACAAGUUUCUCAUGGAGCCCCACUUUGACGAAGAGCUCCGCUUCAUUAGCCGCGAGAUCGACCGUGUCACGGCCAAGCCAAUGCUGCGCGUGAUGAACAACAUGAACGCAACCAAGGACUUGGGCACGUCGCUCGCUGCCGCCCGCGCGCCCAGCGACGACAAGAAGCAGCUACUGGAUUUGAAGGACCUUCUCGACAAGGUUUUCAUCUUGGACCCGGCCAAGCGCAUUACGGUCAAGGAGGCGCUCAAGCAUCCGUUCCUGCAGUCGUCCUAAGCGUCGUCGAGAGAGAAACCCGCGAGGAGCAGUAUGAUGAUGAUGAUGAAUGAUGUGUUCGG